GAUCAUAUUGUUGUAACGUUCAUUGUUGUUGUUGGAACAUUCAGCCAUAGCGCACCUGAGCAAGGCUCUCUGUCGAUUUAUGAGGAGCUUUGAUUUUAAUAGUUCGAUUUUAAAUGAGUGAUAAAAGCGACAGUAAUAAUGACAAAAGCAAAAAUCGCAGUGUGGUGUAUGUUUACAGUCCGGAAUACAUCCAGACAUGUGACUCGCUUUCUAAAGUGCCAAACCGGGCGAGUAUGGUGCAUUCAUUGAUUGAGGCGUAUGGCUUACUGAAAUACAUGAGGGUGGUAAAGCCACAUAUGGCUUCAAUAGAGGAGAUGGCCGUGUUUCACACAGACUCUUACUUGCAGCACCUGCACAAGAUCAGUCAGGACGGGGACAAUGAUGACCCUCAGUCUGUUGACUUUGGACUGGGUUAUGACUGUCCGGUGGUGGAAGGUAUUUUUGAUUAUGCGGCCUCCGUUGGAGGAGCCACUCUGACUGCUGCCCAGAAUCUGCUGGAUGGAAAGUGUGAUGUGGCCAUCAACUGGGCCGGAGGGUGGCAUCACGCCAAGAAGGAUGAGGCAUCUGGGUUCUGUUAUGUGAAUGACGCUGUUCUUGGAAUCCUCAAACUGCGGGAGAAGUAUGAGAGGGUUCUCUAUGUGGAUGUGGACCUUCACCAUGGCGAUGGUGUGGAGGACGCUUUCAGCUUCACCUCUAAAGUCAUGACAGUGUCUCUGCACAAGUUCUCUCCUGGCUUCUUCCCAGGCACAGGUGAUGUGACUGACACUGGGCUGGGUAAAGGACGCUGGUACGCUGUUAACGUCCCCUUUGAGGAUGGCAUACGUGAUGAUCGGUACUGCCAGACCUUCACCAGUGUGAUGCAGGAAGUAAAAGCUCUAUUUAACCCUGAAGCAGUUGUGAUGCAACUAGGAGCAGACACAAUGGCGGGUGACCCCAUGUGCUCCUUCAAUAUGACUCCCGUUGGAGUUGGAAAGUGUCUAAACUAUAUACUGGACUGGGAGUUACCCACUCUGCUGCUAGGAGGAGGCGGCUAUAACCUUGCCAAUACUGCCCGCUGCUGGACCUACCUAACGGGGACCGUCCUAGGACAGACUCUGUCUUCUGAGAUCCCAGACCAUGAGUACUUCACUGAAUACGGCCCAGAUUAUUCCCUAGAGAUCAGCCCGAGCUGCCGACCAGACCGCAACGAGAGCCAGCAUCUGGAGCGGGUCAUCAGCACCAUCAAAGCUGUCUCUCUAGCCUCUUCAAGAACUUUGCGUCCCACCCCCCACGAGUGACCAGGGAGACCUUUAAACAAACCGCAGUUGUCCCCUGUGACUGGCUGUCCUCAGCUGUAGAAAAGAGAAACAUGUCUGUUUGAUGUUCCCAGUCGUCAGUAAACAAAUAAGCAAAGCAUUCUUAGGAACUUGAAGCUGAAGUCUCAGGAGAGAAGCUGGGAUGAGAAUGAGAACAGCCUAAACUAGGAACAUUUGCACACAUGUACGUGCAGGACACGCACUUAUCCAAACUAAUCCAAACUUUCCUUGACAAAGUGUCUGGUUAAUCCCUUUGUUCACUCAAGGUUUUGUUCUUUGUUCUUCCUACAAGUACAAGUUAUCACUGUGUUUUAGUGCAUUUUUAUUGUGCUGAACUCUCUCUCUGUGUGUGUGCGCGCAUGCGUGUAUUCGUGUUUAUUCGAGGUUUCAGUAAACUCUUGCCUUUUCACCUUCUUCAUGGACAAAAGUCUUAAGACUCAAAACAUGUUUCAAAGCUAUGUUGAGAACAUUUCAAAUGCCCCUUGGAUGUAAUAAAAUAGUUUUUUCCUCUUGAGCUCAUUCAAACAUCUGUGUGAAUGGGUAAAAAUCUGGCAGGGAAAAGGGAAAAGCUGUGUUCAGAAUUUUAAUACAUUGGCAUUGUUUGUGAAUAAGAAGAAAUGUAAUUUAGAGAAGCCAAAAAGAAAAAAAGAAGAUAUUUUGAAGAAUGUUUCAACCGUGAAAGCCAAAGGGGUUAAAGUCAACUUUGGACCCAGUGAUUUUCAUAGUCUUCUUUUUUGAUCGUGGAUAAACGAUGCUAGAAUUUUGAAUGUUCAUUUUCGAUGAACUAUCCUUUUAAAGGAAUAAGUGUCCCUCUCGUGUUUAUGAGAGAGACGAGAGUGACGGUUUGUGUUCUUAUCACCUCACUCCUCAUGGGAUGAAGCUGACCUGUUUAAACCACCCUUGACUUGUGUUCAACCCAUGGGUUUUAAUGUGUCAGUACUCCUAGCCACAUCUGCUCCACCUUAGCUUCAGUCUAUGUGGUGUUUUAACUGACUAAACAUUUCUUAUUGAUCUUAUCUCUCCGGCUCCUGCUCUGGCUAACAUCUUCUCCACUUUUCUCUUCUUGACAAAAGGCAUCAGAUCUAAAGGUCUACCUAAAGGUCCUUCAGAGGUCACCACCACCUCACCGUAAGAGAAGCAAGUACAGUCUGACACCUUCAGAUCAGCUUAGUUAGAAUCACACUUGGUUAGAACCCCAUUUGUUGCUUUACGCAUUAGCCCCCUUUCACAAAUACAGUCUAAAAUACCAUUUAGAGAUCAUGUGUGAAAUGGACAUUUUCACAAAUACUGGUGAAUCAGUUCUGUAAAUUUUCCGUGAUAAAAAGUUAAUUAAUGGUAUGAUGCUAUGGAUGAGGAAAGAUUACUGGGACAAGAUCAGAACGCACUGAUGUAAGAGAUUUGCAAAGAUGUCAAGCUCUGUUGGAGCUGUUUACAGUAAGCUCCACUGCUUUUAAUUAUUUUUCUGUGUAAACAUGCACUGAACGGACUUCUGACCAUUGCACCACGUCUCGCACUGAAGACCCUGUCUUAUUUUUCAUUCAUCAGCGAUGCAGGUCUGCAGUUAUAUUUUUCAUACUGUAGCAAUAACAAUAACAACUGUAUUAUAACUACAAUAUUUUGAAUCUUGUUUUUUUAAGAGCAAAUUUGCAUU